AUGUACUCAGACACCCCACCGGACAACAGAUACACUCGGUUUCUAUGCGACGAACCACCCUCGCCUCCCCCCGAGCUCUCACGGGAGGUCGUGACGCGAUUCCGCACCUUGCCUCUCUCCGAACUCAUCUUCCCUGAUCACCUACAACUCCGGGGCCGCGGAACGUGGAAGACGUACAAACGCGCUGUGGAGGCUGUGUUCAAGCUGAAAGGCUUGGAGCGGCACCUGAAGCUGCCGGCGGUCUGCGAGUCCAGCGGGAGCCGGUGGGACGAGGAGGAGAAGUUGUGCCGCGCAAUCAUUUUCCUGAACAUCCACGACAUGGAGCAUCUUUAUCCGAAGGAUCGGGAGCAUAUUGGGUUUUACUGGCAGAGGCUGGCUGCACUUCAUGAAGGACCGGUGGGGGCGAAGUGGGUAAGGGUGAUCUGCACGAAGUUCCUGUCGGUCAUGUUGGGAUUGGCUCUGGCGUCGUUGCUGCUGUUGAUUGCUAACGUCCUUGUCAAGUACGCGAGGAUAUAUAGGAGCGCCAUCAUGGACAGGGUCGCAGUACUUGCAUUCUCUUCCAACAACUACCACAACGCGUGGGCUGAGUCUCCGACUACAUGCCCGACCUCUGACGAGCGCGCGAAGGAGCGCGACGAGUGGCUCCGGAAGGAGGAGCUAUGCAAGGCGAUCAUCACGCUCAACAUCAGGGACUUUCCACGCUUCGGCAUACAGGCAGGCCGGGGGUUCGACGCGAAUACGAUCUGGAGGCGCCUGGUGGAGAUGCACACGAAGAAGCGGCGCUGCUGGGAGGGACUCUUCGCGUGGGUGCGGCCGCUGACGGGGCUGGAGAAGCUGCUCUUGUUCGUCGUGAUGGCUUUGCUGUGGCAUCUGUUCAUGGUGGCCUCAGAGCUCAGAGGGGGUAUGCGGAGGUCGUACUAG